AACUUCAUUCCCUUAAAAUGCAAAAUAAGGGAACUACAAAAUAUAGAUUACGUCGACUUAUCGUUUGAGGCGGUCGGCACUUCAGCUGGCGUGAAUUGUGCUGCUGCGCCACUUUAUUUUUUUUUUUCCCAAAGAAAUGCGUGAAGAAGAAUUUUUUUAAAUUUAACGGCAUCGACGCGCAUGCAGCAAAAACAACGUAAAGUCAACGGAUAAAUCAUUUGACCAGGAACGAUGCAAGUAAUUACGUCCGAUAAGAUAGGCCUACUGAAGUAUGUACAAUGCAGACCCAAGAGUUCCAUUUCUGAGCAAACGCUCCAGCCCGACUUGAGGAGAACAAUCAACCACGUGACGUGGUCUGGCGGAUACGGAGGAUAUGAGGAAUCACAAAUAACGCUAUGCAGGAAGAAUGGGCUAGUCGAAAGUUUUGCCUUCCCGUAUGAUGAACCAAACCCAAACAUCAGCGACACAUGCUUGCUAUCAUUUCUUACCUGCAACAAUUGUGUUUACACAAGGAUGCUUAAUCACCACCAUAGUGUAAUAUACCCAGAUUUGCUCGAUAAAGAAAAAGAGAGGCAUACUAAUUAUGCAGAAUUCAUGCCCCUCUAUACAAGUGAAAAUGUAAAAAAUGGAGUGUAUGAAAGUUACCUGCAAAAUGAUAGACUUCUCCUCACGGUCAGUAAUGGAGGACAUGUGCAUGUGCUAAAUUGGGACUGCAACAACGAACGGAGUAAGUACCACCUCAGUAAGGAGGAUGAAGUGAAACACAAAGACGAUGCUACGAAAAAAAUGCAGCUAUAUUUUAAAAACUACAAAGACCAAGUAUUGCAGUGUAUCGAAUUCAAACAAAUUGACGAAAAAAAUAACCAUAACAAUUUCAUCAUAAAAAAAAAUGAGUAUGCAAAUGUGAGCGUGGAAGACAUAUGCACAGAUUAUCACUUUGAUAAUAUGCUUUCCGAAGAAGCCAUCUGCCAGUCGUACAUUUUAAGUAACCCAAUUGAUGCUGCCUGUGUCAAUGAGAUACUAACAAACAGACUAGCCAUCGGGGGCUACAAAAAUUCUUUAAAAGUAUUCGACCUAUUCACAGGAAGCUAUAUUUGGAAAUCAAAAAACAUAGGAACGACUUUGCUAAAUUUAAAUUGCGAAAGUUUAAUAAAAUCUGUGAGCUUCCUAAACGAUAUCAACGUGAAUAUACUGUCGGCUGCAACGUAUGACCAUAAGAUUGUUCUAUAUGAUAUGCGUUGCCAAGCAAAGCCGGUCUACGUUUAUGAUCAUUAUAAGAGGGGGAAUGUCAGUCGAAAUAAGUUUUCCUGUUUUGAUCAUAACUACUCGGAGAGCGACCUCGUGUUUACGUGUAUAAGCAGCAGCUCUCACGUGGGUCGUGAGGAAAAGGUGGCCAAGGGGGAGCAGCCAUCCCAGGAGGGAGAAGUGGACGACGCGAACGAACAGGGCGGAACGAGGAACGGAGAGACAGACGAAAAAACAGAGGAACAUAAAACAGAAAAGAAACGACGCGCCAACAGUUUGGCCCCCCAGCCACACUACGCAGAGGAGGAACUGCACGUUAAAUUUAACGCCCUCCAAAUGAAGGCCAACAAUUUUAAAAUGUAUGAAAAACUUCAGCAGCAAAAACGAGGAGAGAAUGAAGCAACAGGAGUAAACUCAAAUGGGGGCACACAGGAAGAAAGGGAUGCUAAUCCAUCCUUAUCGAAUAACCAAAAUGAAUCAAAUUGCAGCAAUUACUUCAUAAAAAAACUCGCCUCCAAGGACAGCCAAAUUAUUUUCAUCUCGGAUAACUACGGAAACGUCUACAAGUUCGAAGUCGUCACGGGGAACAAACUCCUACAAUAUAUUUAUGUAACAAAAUGCGCACAGGAAAAAGUGACAUGUGAAGAGGAGAAGAAAACAGACCCCUCCUUUUUACUUAAAAAUAGACAAAGCUUGUACGAAUUUUACAAAGAAUAUCAAAGGAAUAACAAAACCCACAUGCGAAAUGACCUCCCUGUUAUGUGGGCCAAAGACAAUUUUGAUCAGUUCUUAAUUUUAUUUCUCAAGAAAUUUAAAAUCCAUAAUGGGGCCAUAUCUUCUCUAAGUUUACACAGGGGAGGAAAUUUUCUCUGUUCAGUCAGCUAUGACAGAUUUUUAAGCAUACUAAAUUUGAAGAUGAAGAAGGUUGUUAAGCGAGUGCAUGUCGGUCAUAUACUAACCAGCUGCUUGUUUCGAUCCCUUCCCAUUGAUGAGUCGGAACAGGGGGAGAAGAAUGGGUACGGGCCCAAGGCAUCGAAGCGGCAAAAAGUGCUCCACCAGGAGGGGGAAGAAUCAGAGGACGAACCGUCCAGCGAGUGCGAAAGUUGGCAGGACUCCUCGAAUGAGUCCAACGAGGGUGUAAGCAAAAGGGGGAAACGUCGUCGGGGGGCGGACGACCAGGAUGGAAGUGAAAGUGACGACGCAGACGAGGAAGAAGAAGAUGACUAUGAUGACGAAUACAAUGAUAAUGACGAAGAUGAGGAAUAUGAGGAAGAGGACGAAGAUGAUGAAGAUGACGAAGAGGACGAAGAUGAUGAAGAGGAAAACGAAGAUCGUGACGACGACGAUGAUGAUGAUGACGAUGGCGAAUAA